AUGUCUACCCUCGCCUCGUGCCUCCACAGGGGCUUCGACUCGUCCGCCGUCGUCAUACCCGGCAAGAACUUCGACACCAACAUCUCGCAUCGCGACCUCGCCCGCCGUGUCAGGGAGUUCCAACUCAACCUCGCCGCAAUCGGCAUCACCCACGGCUCCCGCGUGGCCUUCAGCCUGCCCAACUCACUGGAGCUGAUCGUGGCCUUCUUCGCCUCGACGUGCAUGCGCGCCGUCGCCGCGCCCCUCAACUUCGACUACAAGCAGUCCGAAUUCGAGUUCUACCUCCAGGAUCUAGACGCCGCCGUCCUCAUCGUCCCCUUCGGCUCGCUCGACGCGAACACCGAAGCGGUCAAGGCGGCGCGCGCGCGCGGCGUCCGCGUCGCCGAAGUGAGCUUCAACGGCGGCGAGAUCGUCUUCAGCGCCCCGACCCGCACCACCGCCGGCGGCGUGAGCCGGCUCAACCAGCUCGAGGCCCAGCCCGACGACGUCGCCCUGAUCCUGCACACGAGCGGCACCACCGGGCGGCCCAAGGCGGUGCCGCUCACACACCGCAACCUCACCGCCUCGAUCAAGAACAUCCACCACACCUACCGGCUCACGCCGCGCGACCGCGGCCUCGUCGUCAUGCCGCUGUUCCACAUCCACGGCCUCGUCGCCGGCACGCUCGCGCCGCUCGCCGCCGGCGGCUCCGUCGUCGUGCCCCCGCGCUUCUCCGCCUCCGACUUCUGGCCCCACUUCGUCGCCCACGCCGCCAACUGGUACACGGCCGUGCCCACCAUCCACCAGAUCCUGCUCAAGCACCCGCUGCCCUCGCCGCCGCCCCGCAACAUCCGCUUCGUCCGCAGCUGCUCCAGCCCGCUGCCGCCCACCGUCCUCGCCCAGCUCGAGCGCGCGCUGCGCACCGUCGUGCUCGAGGCCUACGCCAUGACCGAGGCCGCCCACCAGAUGUGCUCGAACCCGCUGCCGAGCGCCGGCCAGGGCCCGCGCCUCCCCGGCUCCGUCGGCCAGCCCCAGGGCGGCGUGCAGCUGCGCAUCAAGGACGAUUCCGGCGCCGACGUGGCCGCUGGCGAGGUCGGCGAGGUGUGCGUCCGCGGCGAGAACGUCACGAGCGGCUACCUCGUCCCCGAUGGCGACGACGCCGAAGCGGCGCGCGCGGCGCUCGACGCCGCGACCUUCACGGCGGACGGCUUCCUGCGCACGGGCGACCAGGGCGUGCUGGACGCGGCGGGCUACCUGCGGCUGACGGGGCGCAUCAAGGAGCUGAUCAACAAGGGGGGCGAGAAGAUCAGCCCCAUCGAGCUGGACAACCUCCUGCUGCAGCACCCGGCCGUGGGCGAGGCGGUGAGCUUCGCCGUCGACGACGCGCUGUACGGCCAGGACGUGGGCGUGGCGGUCGUGCUGAAGAAGGGGGAGAGGCUGGGUGAGGAUGAGGUCAGGGCGUUCUUCCGCGAGAGGGCGGCGCGGUUCAAGGUGCCGAAGAAGGUCUACUUCACUGAGACGAUGCCGAAGACGGCGACGGGGAAGAUUCAGCGCAGGCAGGUCGCCGCGGCCAUGACGAGGAUGGAGGCUCUCAACGUGCCGACGGCUCCGAUCGUCCACCAGCAGAUCAAGGAACAGGUCAACAAGGACCAGCCGAUGAUGCAGGUGUGCCAGGCUGCGCUUGUUCGUUGUUGA